AUGUCAAACCAGUCAGAACAGAGGAGGAGCUUGGCCCCCAGCCAGCUGGCCAAGAGGAAGGCGGGCGACGAAGAUGAUGAGGAGGAGGAGGAGGACUGGCAGCCGCCGACGAGCCGGAAGAGGCAGAAGGCGGCCGGUGAGGCGGAGAGUGGAGACUGCUACAGGUCGCCUUUCCGCAAACCCUUGGCUCAGCUGACCAACAGACCCCACUGCCUGGACAGCAGUCAGCACGAGGCUUUUAUCCGCAGUAUUUUGUCCAAACCCUUCAAAGUCCCCAUUCCAAAUUAUAAAGGGCCCCUGGGCUUGCGCUCGCUGGGUGUCAAACGAGCAGGACUGAGAGGUCCUCUCCAUGACCCAUUUGAGGAAGGAGCUCUGGUUCUGUACGAGCCCCCAGUGCUGAGUGCCCAUGACCAGCUGAAAAUAGACAAGGAUAAGAUACCUGUCCAUGUUGUGGUGGAUCCUGUUCUCAGCCAUGUUUUACGACCUCAUCAGAGAGAAGGGGUGAAAUUCCUCUGGGACUGUGUGACGAGCCGGCGGAUCCCCGGGAGCCAUGGCUGUAUCAUGGCAGAUGAAAUGGGGCUGGGCAAAACUCUGCAGUGCAUCACACUCAUGUGGACGCUUCUCCGGCAAAGCCCGGACUGCAAGCCCGAAAUCGAGAAAGCCGUGGUGGUGUCUCCCUCCAGCCUGGUGAGAAACUGGUACAAUGAAGUGGAGAAAUGGCUGGGUGGAAGGAUCCAGCCACUGGCCAUUGAUGGAGGCUCCAAGGAAGAGAUUGACCGUAAACUAGCUGGCUUUAUGAACCAGCGUGGCCUGCGAGUGCCUUCACCCAUCCUGAUUAUCUCCUAUGAGACAUUCCGGCUGCACGCCGAGGUGCUGCAGAAGGGCAGUGUUGGGCUGGUCAUAUGUGAUGAGGGCCAUAGACUGAAGAACUCUGAAAAUCAAACUUAUCAGGCUCUCAACAGCUUAAACACACCUCGACGAGUCCUUAUCUCAGGCACCCCUAUUCAGAAUGACCUGCUGGAGUAUUUCAGCCUGGUGCACUUUGUCAAUUCAGGCAUUCUGGGAACUGCACAGGAAUUUAAAAGACAUUUUGAAAUGCCAAUCUUGAAAGGAAGAGAUGCAGAUGCAAGUGAAGCUGAGCGACACAAGGGAGAAGAGAGGCUUAAAGAGCUGAUCAGUAUUGUGAACAGGUGUUUAAUUCGGAGAACUUCAGAUAUCCUGUCUAAAUACCUGCCAGUGAAGAUUGAACAGGUGGUCUGCUGCAGACUGACACCUCUGCAGACUGAGCUGUACAAGAACUUCCUGAAGCAAGCCAAGCCAGUGGAGGAGCUGAAGGAGGGCAAAAUCAGUGUGUCAUCUCUCUCUUCCAUCACAUCCUUGAAGAAGCUCUGUAAUCAUCCUGCUCUUAUCUAUGAUAAGUGUGUGGAAGAGGAAGAAGGCUUUAUGGGAGCCCUGGGCUUGUUCCCUUCUGGCUACAGCACCAAAUCUGUGGAGCCCCAGCUUUCAGGAAAGAUGCUGGUUUUGGAUUACAUCCUUGCCGUUACCAAAAGCACCAGUAAUGACAAGGUGGUUUUAGUGUCCAAUUACACUCAGACACUGGAUCUAUUUGAAAAGCUCUGCAGGAACAGAAGGUAUUUGUAUGUCCGGCUGGACGGCACCAUGUCCAUUAAAAAGAGAGCAAAGAUCGUGGAGCGAUUCAACAGCCCCUCGAGCCCUGAGUUCAUCUUCAUGUUGAGCAGCAAAGCAGGUGGCUGUGGUUUGAACCUGAUCGGGGCCAACAGGCUGGUGAUGUUUGACCCUGACUGGAACCCGGCCAACGACGAGCAGGCCAUGGCGCGCGUGUGGCGCGACGGCCAGAAGAAGAUGUGCUACAUCUACCGACUGCUCUCGACAGGGACCAUAGAGGAGAAGAUAUUCCAGCGCCAGACCCACAAGAAAGCCCUGAGCAGCUGCGUGGUGGAUGAAGAGCAGGAUGUAGAAAGGCAUUUCUCGCUUGGGGAGCUGAAGGAGCUCUUCACGUUGAAUGAGACCACCACCAGUGACACACAUGACAAGAUCAAGUGUCGCCGCUGUGUGAACGGACACCAGGUGCGGCCGCCUCCCGCCGGCUCCGACUGCACCUCGGACCUGUCCCAGUGGCAGCACUGCGCCGACAAGAGGGGCCUGCAGGACUCUGUGCUCAAGGCUGCCUGGGACGCUGCUGUCACCUUCACCUUCCAUCAGCACUCCCACGAGGAGCAGCGAGGCAUUCCCUAACAGGUUACUGUCCCCUGUGGGGGCAAGGGCAGGCUCUGUGGCAGCCUGCUCCACUUUCAUCCCUUUCAAAGAAAGGGGCAGUGGGCAGCUGUGCAUGCUGGACUGUGGUGUGGUUGUGGGAUAGCAGAACAGUGUGGCUCUGGAGUGGCUGGAAGGCCCUUGGCAGUGUUCAGUCUGCUGCAGCCACAAGGAGUCCAUGGCUUUUUCUCUGCUGUUGUAUUGUGUGCCUGAAAAACAGCCCCUUGGGAACUGGGAAUAAUGGGACCUUGCAUGCUUGAUCAGAUUUAGCACGGGUUCUCUUGCCUUUGGUAUCUGUGCCUUCUACUCAGACAGGUUUUGUCUUCAGGUUUGAGUCAGGAGUUUUAUAGCACUUGAUGUGCAGUCAGGUUUUUUUCUUUGACACCUCUGGCUUACAGCUACUCAUCAAAACUUGCAGGAUCCAUUUUUGGUGUGAAAUAUGAACCUCACUGAUUAUUUGGGAACAAGAGGAUUUUGAUUUUGUACAGGGGGAAAAAAUUUUAGCUUGUAUGUUGAACAUCUGGCCUGAAAGAUCAUGCAAGCAGUAGGAAAUCAGGCUCUAUUCCAGUAACUCCAUUUCUAAAACCACUUGCUUUAUUAUGGGCAGGAUCCCCUGAUCUAGCAGUGUUUUAAUGAGAUCACAUUACAUGACAGUAAUAAAAUUCACUUUGGUACA